ACGGGGAAAGCGCCGGGCCGCAGGGGAGCGGGCCUGCCUCCCGGUGGCCCCGAGCUGGGGCGGCGCCUCCCGGACUCCCCGGCCUGGGUGGUGCUGGGGACACCUCGGCUUCCGGAGGGAAGGGGGCGCGGGCCGCCGCGGGGGCUCUAGUCUCGGCCUGUGGGGUUAGGCGCCCAGGAGCCUGUGAGGCAGGGACACAGGCGACCGCUGGGUUCCGACCACAGCCCUCCGGCCACACAGCCCAGGGCAGUGGCAUGGAGCUGGUGAGCAGCCCGCUGACCACACACGUGCUGGACACCGCCGCAGGGCUCCCAGCCCAGGGCCUGUGCCUCUGUUUGUACCGGUUGGAGGACCACGGUCAGCAGUGGGCCGAGCUGAGCAAAAGCCACACAGACCCAGAUGGACGCUGCCCUGGGCUCCUGACACCAGGCCAGAUGAAGGCAGGAACCUACAAGCUAUCCUUCGACACUGAAGGCUACUGGAAGAAGAGGGGGCAGGAAAGCUUCUAUCCGUUCGUGGAGGUUGUUUUCACCAUCACAAACGAGACCCAGAAGUUCCACGUGCCUUUGCUGCUGAGCCCGUGGUCCUACACCACGUACCGAGGGAGCUAGAGGCGAGACCAGCAUGAGAAGCGCUCUCCCCCCUUCGCAAGCUGAGCUGCC